AUGGCAGGUGCCAUUGAGCCUGAAAGCUUUGAAGAGGAACGGCUCCAAAAUGAGAGAGAAACCAUGACCUGGAAGCCUAAAAUAGUAGGACAAAACAAAGCAGAAUGUUUGCUGAAGAAUAUUCCAGGUGUUCUUGAUAGUGAGUCUGAAGAAGGUGAAUUCUCUCAUACCUCUCACAAUGAAAGUGAUACUGGCAGCUCCCCUGCUCGCACUUUUCAUGCACAUUCUGACCUGGAAGACUUGGAUGGAGAAUUGUCCAGUAUGUCUGUGACUGCAACUUAUCCAGAGCUGCAAACUGCUGCUGUGCACGAGGUGGAAGACUGGGAUAAAGAGUUGGAGGAUUGUAAUCCAUAUGAUGCUGAUGAUUUCCACUGUGGAAGCUUUCAGGAAAAUAAUCCUUUGGCCUCAUACUCAUGGCAAGAGUUUUACAUCCCAGGCUGUCACCAUGCAGCUUCUCUUGCUUUUACGCCACCAUUUAGAAUGACUGAGACUGGCCAGUUUGAUGAUGCCGAUGAAUGA